CAGCAGAGAGUUGUGUUUGAAUUUCCAGCCUUCCCAAAGAUGAGUGUGGUUGCAGGAGAAAGGUCAAGGAUGUCAUUCAAACUGAAGCUGCUGGCAUUGCAGCUGUCUGCUACAGUCGGUUUGCUUUUGGUGUUACAAUUCAACGAAUUGUCUCAACUUCAGUUCCAGGACCUGUGUGCCUGUGACAGCUGCGUGUCUGAAAACAAAGGGUCACUUAGCGGCCGGCUGAACCGUUCUGUUGAACCCGUUUUGUCUUGGACAACAGACCUCUCAGAGGAAGCCUUCAGUUGGUGGAAGAGUUUGCAGAAUGAACGCCGGGACUUCAGGUUCUUCAAAAAAACGGUCCACAAGCUCUUUCAGAUCUUCCCCCGCAGAACCGAGCUCAGGAAACAGAACUCUGGCACCUGCAGGACUUGUGCAGUUGUUGGAAAUUCUGUAAAUUUGAAAGGAUCACAUUAUGGACCUCUGAUAGAUUACCAAGACGUCGUUAUGAGAAUGAACAUUGCUAAAACAAACGGCUAUGAGGAAGACGUCGGGACCAGGACCACUUAUCAUGUCAUGUACCCAGAGAGCGCCACGGAUUUACACAACUCCACUCAUCUCGUCUUCUUUCCAUUCAAGAUUAUGGAUCUUGAAUGGCUCAUCAAGGCUUUUACGACAGGAUUCUAUGGAAGGUCCUACGCGCCCAUAAAGACCAGAAUUAGAGCCAACAAGGAUUUGGUGAUGGUGAUCAGCCCAGAGUUCAUGAAGUAUUCUCAUGAGAAGUGGCUGGAGAAGAAAGGAGUGUAUCCAUCCACCGGCUUCAUGACUUUAAUUUUCGCCCUACACGUUUGUGAUGAGAUCCAUGUCUUUGGCUUUGGAGCAGACAGCGAUGGAAACUGGAGCCAUUACUUCGAAGAGCUGGCCGACAAAACACUGAAAACUGGAGGGCACCCUGGAAACCGUGAAUAUGAGAUCAUCCAGGAGCUAGCUAAGGAGAAAACUGUGAAAUUUUACAAAGGGUCGUGAUAGUGCCCUUAUUUCAUGCAAACAAAAAUUAAUACAAAAUAUGUCAGAUUACCUGAAGUAGUGUGCGUAUUUUACCUUUAUUAAUCCGGUGUUAUUUUGAUUUUUCUGAACAAAAGUCCAGCUACGUCACAAAGACUUUUGGAAUAUUUUAAUUUUCCAAAUGUCACUGAGAAGGUUUUUUUUUUUUUUUUUUGGUUUAACACAAAUAUUUGUAUUAUUUAAUCAUUUUUGUGGUAGUUUGCUUUCUGCUUCGUCACAACAUUUUAUUGUAUAUUUAUUUAUUUUUUUUCUUUUUAAUUUAUUGGUUUAAAUUUAUGUUUUAAACACUCUAGAAACUGGAUUAUCAUAUCUGGAGUUAUUUUUUUAUUAUUAUUAUUUAUUUAUUUAUUAUUUACCAAAUAUUAGAUCUGUUUUAUUACCCAGUUUGUUGGACUGAGGAAUUGAGUAUUAGGAAUAGCUUUAUAAGAGUAUUAGACUUUAUGUAUUAUACCAGACUUUAGUGGACCUUUUUCACUAAAUGAAGCCCUAUAGUAACUUCAGCAGCAAGGCAGUUCAAAGUGUUUUACAUCAUAAGAACACACGCAAAAAUAGAGCCAUAGAAAACAGUCAAUCAUUUAGACAUAACGUUUUGUCUUGUUGCAGCAUUACAUACCAUUUACACACCAUGCUGCUGUCUCAUCCCAGCACUGCCUGCUAAAAGUUAUUCCAUGUCCAGUUUUUAGAAUUUUGUAACUUUUAUAAUUUCAGGUCUUAAUAAUUUUUAUAACUACUCCUUCCCUGACGAUGUCAUAAAUGGUAACAGUUCCCUCACAUCAGUCAGUUCAUGUUUAUCUAGAAUAGCAUCGCUCAUGUUAGCGGCAUGUUGGAGUAGCUUUGUUAUGCUAGUUUUAAUUUGUUCUUUUUCAGAAUUUGUUUUGGUUGAGCAAAUAGCUAGCCUGAGCUAAAUAUCUAGUUUGAGCUAAGUAGCUAGCCUGAGCUAAAUAGCUAGUCUGAGCUAAGUAGCUAGCCGGAGCUACCUAUUUGCUACAUAGCUGCUGAGCUACAUAGCUAGCUCAGAAACAGAAAAAAACAGAACUAGCUCAGGCUAGCUUCAUGUAACGUUCAUUGUUUAACCAAUGCAUUGGUGAACAUAUAUUCUGCAGUCCUCUACACUGAGUGUACAUUUUGUUUUUAAUGUUUUUUAAAAUAAAAGCCUGAAUAGA